ACGGUUCAUCCUUAUAAAUAGCAAAGCUUAUAAAGGCAGCAAAACAAUUCAGUUCUCAAUCAGAAGCAAUUACUUACCCAAAAUCUUACAAGAUUAAGUUUGAGAAGCAAGAUGAAAGUUGUGUAUUUCCUCGUGGCCAUCUUGGCUUUGACAUCUUCUGUUGCCUUUGCCUACGACCCCAGCCCCCUGCAAGAUUUUUGUGUGGCAUUAAAUGACACCAAGAAUGCUGUAUUUGUGAACGGGAAAUUCUGCAAAGAUCCCAAGCUCGUGAAAGCAGAAGAUUUCUUCACACAUGUGGAGGCUGGUAAUACCUCGAACCCACUUGGUGCACAAGUGACUCCGGUCUUUGUUGAUCAGCUACCAGGAUUAAACACACUUGGUAUAUCAUUGGCUCGUAUAGAUUUUGCACCCAAGGGCUUAAAUGCUCCUCACACUCACCCACGUGGCACGGAAAUCCUUAUAGUCAUUGAGGGAACUCUAUAUGUUGGAUUUGUCUCAUCCAAUCAAGAUGGAAACCGUCUCUUUACCAAAGUUCUGAACAAGGGCGAUGUGUUUGUGUUUCCAAUUGGCCUCAUUCACUUCCAAUUAAAUGUGGGAUAUGGCAAUGCUCUUGCCAUUGCUGGUCUCAGCAGUCAAAGUCCAGGAACUAUCACUAUUGGUAGUGCUUUGUUUAAUUCUACUCCACCUAUUUCUACUGAGGUUCUUACCAAAGCCUUCCAAGUUGAUAAGAGCACAAUUAAUUACCUUCAAAAGCAAUUCUGGUACAACAACAACUAGUUAGGUUGAAGACACAAGUAUGAUCAUUUCAUUUUUAUUGUAAUGGAUUUCAUGUUUAGAUAAUUAAAUUAUUAAAUUCCUUCAUGCAUUUGACCUUCCUACGAAUAACUUAUAUUGUAAUAAAUAAAAAGGAAUGUGGUUUAUAUUAUUUAUA